ACCAUGCCACGCGUUCCCGAGGCUGGAAACUUCUCGCAGCAACACUUCCCCUGUCUUCUACCAGGAAGAGAAGCUACGCGAAAGGAGAACCUUCUAUUCUCUCUCUCUCUCGAUCACUCUGCUUAUCUCCUGUACAGUUGAAUCCCCUUUUAUUUAUGCCGUCACAUGGUAUUCUUUCUCAAAGGAUGGCGAUGAGUAAUCUCUCCCCCGUGACGGUAGUCCUUUUGCUGUUGACGGUGGUCCUGCGGCCGCCGCCGGCGGAUUCACUCCAGCUUCUGGACCAGUAUCAACCCUCCUCAAGCCUUUUGCAGCGCUCCUUCUUCUCCGACCACUUCUUGGAUCCUUUCCACAUCUUGGAGCAUGUGCCGACAGGACUAGAGCAGGGCAUCUCGCCGGCCAGGGUCGACUGGAAGGAGACGCCUGAUUCCCACCUUCUCAUUCUGGACGUCCCUGGUUUGGGGAAAGAGGAUCUGAAGAUUGAGGUGGACGAAGACGGGGUGCUUCGGAUAAGUGGGGAGAGGAGGAGGGAAGAGGAGCGGAAGGACGAUCAUUGGCACUGCGUGGAGCGCGUUUACGGCAAGUUCUUGAGGUUGUUCCGGCUGCCGGAGAAAGUUGACGUGGAUAAUAUCAAGGCCAAGUUGGAGGGCGGGGUGCUGACCGUCCAUAUGUCUAAGCUUCACCCUGCAGCCGUCGACGAGGGUAAGAGCCCGGCGCCGGCGGUCGGCGGCUCGACAGCAGGGGAUCAAAGGCCCGUCACCCAGUUGAAUGUCGAUGGGGAUCAGAGCAAACGGAAGUCGGACGAAGAACUCUAGCGCCGCAGUUCGUGGCUUUGUAAUUACUUGUUUGUGGACCGUAGCUCUAAGUGCUCGUCUGUAAAUCUAAUAAAUAAUAGUGCGGUUGAAUGGCUGUAGAAUGCAGUGGGGUAGUCCAAAACUCCAAAUGCCUGUAUGGUACAUAUUGUUUGGACCUCCAAUUACCAAAGUUUUCUUGACAG